AUGGCUCCAUUUGCGUCGCCUCUGAGCUGUUCCAACUCGAUGUCGGCGGCCAGAUUGUUCGUGCAGCUCGCUCCAAAGCGAAGCUCCGAGCCCGUCCUCGAAUUCCUACUGCCCCGAAGUCGCUCCGCCAUCUCCAGGAGGACCCUCCACAGCAGCUCCGUCAGGGCACGGCGAGCAGAGACAGCGACAAGCGUGAAGCAUGGAAACUUCUCAGCCGCUGUGGAAUGGAUGGUGCCCAAGAGGGCUCUGCACGGGUACCGUGUACCGUCAGCGACAGUGCCAAAAUCGUUUGCCUAUACGACAAGAAGGAGGUACACCCAGGCAGUGUACAACCCCCAGCAGGACGAGGACGGCAACGACAUGCACCUGGAUAUCACACCCAGGGCAGCAAAGGUUCGUCUGAUCGGCUCCGACCCAUCAACGUCCCCCACGAUCGACUGGUAUCCGCCUAGACCUGUACUGACUCAGCUCCUUCACCCACAGCGCCUCACCGAGAUCAUGUCCAAGGACAACAACCCCCACCUCGCCCUGCGCAUCCAAGUCGAGUCGGGUGGCUGCCACGGCUUCCAAUAUCUCAUGUCGCUCGUCACGCUGCCCGAGUCGAUCCCCACCAAGCCUGCUGCGGCGGCCGAGGCGAGUGAGCAUCCGGGUGAGGGCGCUAAGUCGGGCGAGGUGCGCGAGGACGACACCAUUUUCACAUAUACCCCCGAGGAGGGGCAACCGGCCAACUUGACAGGCGCCAAGAUCAUACUGGACCAGCCAUCACUGGAUCUACUAAAGGGGAGCAAGGUGGAUUUCACGAUGGAGCUGAUCGGGUCCCAGUUCAAGAUUGUGGAUAAUCCGCUGGCGACGAGCAGCUGCGGGUGCGGGACGAGUUUUGAUAUCAAGAUUUGA